CCAGUCCAUACAUCUCAUUCCCCUAUCCCUAUCCACCCGAUUGUAUGAUUCCCUUGCUGUCCGGGUGAACGGAUAGCUAUUUGACAAUCAUGGCUGGUACUCAAAAGAAAUCCACCAAGAAAUUUGAAAAGAAACACCUCAAGGAUACCCUCGAGCGACGAAAGGCCCACGCCAAGGUCAAGCAACGCAACCACCUCAAGGAGAAGCGCAAAGCGGAAAAUGCCCGGUCGCGAGGAGACGAUCAAGAGGACGCAGGUGACGCCAGUGAAGACGAUGAGAAGAAGAAUUCCUUCUCCGAGAUGAACGUCGACGACUUCUUCGCCGGCGGCUUCGACAUCGCAGAUAGCACGCCCGAUCAGGCCAAGAAGGGCAAGUCGAAGAAGGACGUCACGCCCAAGAUCGGGAAACGAAAGCGAUCCGAGGAACAGAAGGGUGAUGAGGAAGCGUCUAGCGGUGCGGAGGAAGACGACGAUGAGGCCGCAGACUCUGAUGCUAGCGGAUCCGAUGGGAUCGAGGAGCACUUGGGUCAGCUAGAGGCUUUGAAGGAGAAGGAUCCUGCAUUCUACAAAUAUCUGAAAGAGAACGACGCGGAGCUUCUCGACUUCGGCGACCAUGGUGACCUGUCGGAGGUUGAUGAGCUGAGCGAAGGCGAGGAGGAAGCCCCGGCGAAGAAGAAGAAGAAGGCCGUGCAGGAGGAGGAGAUGGAGACGGACAAUACGCUGACCAUCCCGAUGGUCAAGAAGUGGCAGAAGUUGAUGGAGGAGCAACAUUCGAUCCGCGCCAUGCGGCAGACCGUCCUGGCCUUCCGCGCUGCGGCAUACCUCAACGAUGCCGACCAGCAGGAGCAGAAAUAUUCCAUCUCGGAUCCUGAUGUGUACCACCAGGUGCUUGUCACGGCCCUCGGCACUGUGCCGCGCGUGCUUGCACACCACCUCCCCGUCAAGGAGUCAGCCUCCGGCAAGGUGAGAGUGUCGCUGGACUCGAGGAAGUUCAAGACGCUCACCCCGCUCAUCAAAUCGUACGUCUCGUCGGUGCACGAGCUACUCAGCAGACUGUCGGACGCCCAGACGCUCAAGCUGACGCUCUCCGCCAUCGAGCCCAUGCUGCCCUACCUCCUCCAGUUCCGCAAGCUGCUCAAGGUGCUCGUCAAGACGGUGGUGGGUAUCUGGUCCGACGUCGCUACCACCGACGUUACCCGCAUCACGGGCUUCCUGCUCCUGCGCCGGUUGAUGAUCAUCGGCGACGCGGGCAUCAGGGAAGCCGUGCUCAAGACAACCUACGAGGGCGUCAUCAAGGGCAGCCGCAACACGACGGUGCACACCCUCGCCGGCGUGAACCUGAUGAAGAACUCCGCCGCAGAGCUGUGGGGCAUCGACCAGAACGUCUCCUACACAGCAGGCUUCAACUUCAUCCGCCAGCUCGCCAUGCACCUCCGCAGCAGCAUCACCCACCCCUCCAAGGACUCCUACAAGACCAUCUACAACUGGCAAUACGUGCACUCGCUGGACUUCUGGUCCCGCGUCCUCUCGCAACACUGCGACGGCCUCGUCGAAGCCCAAGCCGGCAAACAAUCCGCCAUGCGCCCGCUGAUCUACCCCGUCGUGCAGAUCACCCUCGGCGCCAUGCGCCUCAUCCCCACAGCGCAAUACCUCCCGCUGCGCUUCCAGCUCGUCCGGGCCCUCCUGCGUCUCUCCCGCUCCACAGGAACCUACAUCCCCCUGGCCUCCGCCCUCAUCGAAGUCCUGCAACUCACCGAGAUGCGCAAGUCGCCCAAAUCCAGCACCCUGCGCCAGCUCGACUUCUCGACGACCAUCCGCGCGCCCAAAUCCUACCUCCGCACCCGCGUCUACCAGGACGGCCUCGGCGAGCAGGUCACCGAGCUGCUCUCGGAGUUCUUCGUCCUCUGGACCAAGCACAUCGCCUUCCCGGAACUGUCCGUGCCCGUCGUCGUCGCGCUCAAGCGCUGGCUCAAGCAGGUCAGCGCGCGCGCCUCAGGCAACAAGAACACAAAGGUCAACCAGAUGGUGCUGCUGCUCAUCCAGAAGGUGGAGGCCAACUCGCGCUUCAUCGAGGAGCGCCGCGCGUCCGUCUCUUACGCCCCGCGCAACCGCGCCGAGGUCGAGACCUUCCUCAAGGACCUCCCCUGGGAGUCGACGCCGCUCGGCGCGUUCGUCAAGUCCCAGCGGAAGCUGCGGGAGGAGCGCGCUGCUGUGUUGGAGAAGGGACGACGCGAGGAUGAGCGCCGUCGGGCAGCUGAUAAGGAGGACGAUGAGGACGAGGCGAUGAUUGAUGGGUUUAGUGGUAGUGAGGAUGGGGAGGGCGAUGAGCAGGCUGGUUCGUCUGAUGGUGAGAAUGAGGAGGAGGAAGAGGAGGAGGAGUUGGAGAGUGAGGAUGAGGAUGAGGGGGAGUUUGAGAUGGAAGAUGAGUAGAGGUAGACCGACACUUUUCUGUUGAUUCCCUAUUUGUGUUUGAUUCCCUGUGGUUUGUGGGGUACGUUUAUU